CACCAUUACCAUUACCAUUACCGUUUCUGAAAUUUUCUGUGAGACUUUCUCAGCAAAAGAACGCUCAUCUUACCAAUUCAACGAAAGGUUUCCCUUGAUUUCCUUUUAGUCUAAACUCUAAAGAUGUCGCUGAUUCCAAAGUUCUUCGGCAAUCAAGGCUCUAGCAUCUUCGAUCCUUUCUCCCUGGAAGUUUGGGAUCCCUUCGGGGACUUCGCUUUCCCUUCCACCUCCAUCUCCUCCUACCUUCCCAGUGAGACAUCAGCCUUUGUCAACACCCGCAUCGACUGGAGAGAAACGCCGGAAGCCCACGUUUUCAAGGCCGAUCUUCCCGGUCUCAAGAAGGAGGAGGUCAAGGUCCAGGUGGAAGAUGACAGAGUGCUCGAAAUUAGCGGAGAGAGGAGUGUAGAGAAAGAAGACAAGAGCGAAAAUUGGCACCAGGUCGAGCGAAGCAGUGGAAAGUUCAUGAGAAAGUUCCGGCUUCCGGAUAAUGCCAAGAUGGACAAGAUCAAAGCUUCCAUGGAGAAUGGUGUGCUUACCGUCACUGUCCCUAAGGCGGAGGUGAAGAAGUCCGAUGUCAAGGCUGUUGAAAUCUCUGGCUGAAAAUUGAGGUCGUUUCUUCCCCAAUAUAUACAUAUGUUAUUAGCUAUGCCAGUAACAGUUGUUAUAUGUAAGGUUGUUUGGGUAAACUUCAGUAGUUGCGGAGUGUCGAUUAUGGUGAAUAUGUAUGUGGCGUACUGUGUGGGAGUCUUGUAUAGGAUGUUACUGCAUAUGUAAUGUAGUGAUUUUGAAUUGCAAGAGCGUCUCUGUUUCUUCAAAUUUUCUGUUAACAUUUUUGAAGUUUAGAGCUUUA